AUGGAAAAGAAAGAGACCAAGCAACAUGUGGUAGCAGAAGCUGAGCAAGGGAAUGGGACGUUGAUAGAAGAUGAGAUCGAGAGGAGCAAAGUCGGCAUCAUGAGAGCUCUUUGCGACCGACAAGAUCCUUCCACUAAGGAAGUGGAUGACCUGAUGAUCAGGCGGUUUCUGCGGGCGCGUGACAUGGACAUUGAAAAGGCUUCAACGCUCUUCCUCAAGUACCUGGCCUGGAAGAAAAGUGUUCUCCCAAAGGGGCACAUACCUGAAUCAGAGAUCGCCAAUGAUCUGUCACACAAUAAAGUGUGUAUGCAGGGACAUGACAAAAUGGGUCGUCCUAUCGUUGUUGCCUUUGGGAACAGACAUAACCCUUCUAAAGGCAACCCUGACGAGUUCAAGCGUUUUGUAGUCUACACGCUGGAGAAGAUAUGUGCAAGAAUGCCAAGAGGUGAAGAAAAGUUCACAGCCAUAGGAGAUCUGCAAGGGUGGGGAUAUUCUAAUUGUGACAUCCGCGGCUACCUUGCUGCUCUUUCCACUUUGCAGGAUUGCUACCCAGAGAGACUAGGGAAACUCUACAUAGUGCAUGCGCCCUACAUUUUCAUGACCGCAUGGAAGGUCGUUUACCCCUUCAUCGACACCAACACCAAGAAAAAGAUUGUUUUCGUGGAGAACAAGAAACUCACGGCAACUCUGCUUGAAGACAUUGACGAAACCCAACUUCCAGACAUCUACGGUGGCAAGAUGCCACUUACUCCUAUCCAGGACUCCUAAUGUUGGAUGCUGUUACUUGCUUCAAGCCCCAGCUACUUCCCCAGCUACUCUUAUCUCCAAACUAUUACCCUACUUUUUUU